CAUCACCUCCCAGAUACAGAUAGCUGCUCAUAAACCAGCCCAGACAGGCCGCCAUGCCGUUCGGCAAUACCCACAACAAGUUCAAGCUGAACUACAAACCUGAAGAGGAGUACCCUGACCUCAGCAAACAUAACAACCACAUGGCCAAGGUGCUGACCCUUGACCUCUACAAGAAGCUGCGAGACAAGGAGACGCCAUCUGGCUUCACCCUGGAUGACGUCAUCCAGACAGGAGUGGACAACCCAGGUCACCCCUUCAUCAUGACCGUGGGCUGUGUGGCUGGGGAUGAGGAGUCCUACGCAGUCUUCAAGGACCUGUUCGACCCAAUCAUCCAGGACCGCCAUGGUGGCUACAAACCCACCGACAAGCACAAGACUGACCUCAACCAUGAGAACCUCAAGGGCGGCGAUGACCUGGAUCCCAACUACGUGCUGAGCAGCCGCGUUCGCACAGGCCGCAGUAUCAAGGGCUACACACUGCCCCCUCACUGCUCCCGCGGGGAGCGCCGUGCGGUGGAGAAGCUGUCGGUGGAAGCCCUCAACAGCCUGACAGGCGAGUUCAAGGGCAAAUACUACCCUCUGAAGAGCAUGACGGAGCAGGAGCAGCAGCAGCUCAUCGAUGACCAUUUCCUGUUUGACAAACCCGUGUCCCCACUGCUGCUGGCCUCUGGCAUGGCCCGAGACUGGCCCGAUGCCCGAGGCAUCUGGCACAACGACAACAAAAGCUUCCUGGUGUGGGUGAACGAGGAGGACCACCUCCGCGUGAUCUCCAUGGAAAAGGGGGGCAACAUGAAGGAGGUUUUCCGGCGUUUCUGCGUGGGACUGCAGAAGAUUGAGGAGAUCUUCAAGAAAGCGGGUCACCCCUUCAUGUGGAACGAGCACUUGGGCUACGUGCUCACCUGCCCCUCCAACCUGGGCACCGGGCUGCGCGGAGGCGUGCACGUGAAGCUGGCGAACCUGAGCAAGCACGCCAAGUUCGAGGAGAUUCUCACGCGCCUGCGCUUGCAGAAGCGAGGCACAGGUGGGGUAGACACGGCUGCAGUAGGCGCGGUGUUCGACAUCUCCAACGCUGACCGUCUGGGCUCAUCCGAGGUGGAGCAGGUGCAGCUGGUGGUGGAUGGCGUGAAACUGAUGGUGGAGAUGGAGAAGAAGCUGGAAAAAGGACAGGCCAUCGAUGACAUGAUCCCUGCUCAGAAGUAGGCGCCCGGCCCGCCUGCCUUGGGCAGCUGGAGCCCUGGCCCCUAGAGGACCCCGCCCACCGGAGUCCCGCCCCUCCACCCUCGCCACGCCCACAUCACCACGCCCCCUUCCCUGGAGUCCCGCUCAUGAGGUUCUAUCACAGGGGGUCCUAGCCAUCCAUCCUCCUCUGGGUUCUGGCCAAUGAGAACUUCCUCUUUGGAGUCCCACCCACCAACUGGAGCUCCUGCAGCUGGGCAUCGCCAGUGCCUGCUACUGCUUCCCCAAGCAGUAAAUAAAAGCGAUGGUGGCCUUAGCUUUGUGUGUGCCAGCUGUUGAGGGAGAAGGAGGUUGGGGGAGGGGGCUUCGACGUCUGACCACAGAGGCUUUGGAGUGCUUUGGCGCCCCUUUGUGAUGUAUCUCACUGGCCUCCUGUCCCGUCUGUGUUCGCCUUUCUCUAGAUACCAGGUUUUUGUUGGUGCUGUUUAAAGCAAGGUCUCCUGUAACUCAGGCUGGCCUUGAACUUCUGAUUUUCCUGACUCUGCCUCUUAAGUGAUGGGAUGACAUAUGUGUACCAUCUUGCCCUGCUUGUGUGUGUGUAUGGCAUGUUCAUAGGUACAUAUAGGUACACAUACCUGUGGCUUCAUUCAGAGGCCAAUAAAAGAUAGCAAGUUU